GAGAUCAAAUUCCAGAACAGUGUCGUUUGGUUUGGUUCCUUAUCACAAUUCACAGCUCAGUACAGCAAAGCACUAUGAUUUGAAAAAAUCCAUUCUAUUCCGAAAAAACCCUCAGGACAUGACACAAUUACAAAACAAACCCGUCCUUCAAGUUAUCCAUUCCAUUGACCCCUCUCAUUCAUUUCCAUUUCCUUCGAAACCAAUCUCUAGUUUCUUCAAACCCUAAUUUCCUUUCUCUCACAUUCUUGAACACUCGCCAGUCGAAAAUGAGAGAAAUCUUGCACAUCCAGGGAGGCCAAUGCGGGAACCAGAUCGGAGCCAAGUUCUGGGAGGUCAUCUGCGAUGAGCACGGCAUCGACCACACCGGAAAGUACAGCGGCGACUCCGAGCUCCAACUCGAACGCAUCAAUGUCUACUAUAAUGAAGCCAGCGGAGGAAGGUACGUUCCACGCGCCGUCCUCAUGGAUCUUGAACCCGGCACCAUGGAUUCCGUCAGAUCCGGCCCCUUCGGCCAGAUCUUCCGUCCCGACAACUUUGUCUUCGGCCAGUCCGGCGCCGGCAACAACUGGGCCAAAGGCCACUACACUGAAGGGGCCGAACUCAUCGACUCAGUUCUCGACGUCGUUCGCAAGGAAGCCGAAAAUUGCGAUUGCUUGCAAGGGUUUCAGGUGUGCCAUUCUCUUGGUGGUGGAACGGGUUCCGGCAUGGGGACGCUUCUGAUCUCAAAGAUUCGCGAGGAGUAUCCAGAUCGGAUGAUGUUGACGUUUUCGGUGUUUCCUUCUCCUAAGGUUUCUGACACCGUUGUGGAGCCUUACAAUGCUACGCUCUCUGUUCACCAACUAGUAGAGAACGCUGAUGAGUGUAUGGUUCUGGACAAUGAGGCUCUCUACGACAUUUGUUUCAGGACCCUCAAGCUCGCUACACCCACCUUUGGUGACCUUAACCACCUGAUUUCUGCCACCAUGAGUGGAGUUACUUGCUGUCUACGUUUCCCUGGGCAACUGAACUCAGAUCUUCGCAAGCUUGCUGUUAAUCUUAUCCCAUUCCCCCGGCUCCAUUUCUUUAUGGUUGGGUUUGCGCCCUUGACAUCUAGAGGAUCCCAGCAGUACCGUGCUUUGACUGUUCCUGAAUUAACACAGCAAAUGUGGGAUGCUAAGAACAUGAUGUGUGCUGCUGAUCCUCGUCAUGGUCGUUAUUUGACUGCAUCAGCAAUGUUCCGUGGUAAGAUGAGCACAAAGGAGGUAGACGAGCAAAUGAUCAAUGUGCAGAACAAGAAUUCUUCAUAUUUCGUUGAGUGGAUACCUAAUAAUGUGAAGUCCAGCGUGUGUGAUAUCCCGCCUAAGGGUCUCAAAAUGGCUUCCACUUUCAUUGGCAAUUCAACUUCAAUCCAGGAGAUGUUCAGGAGAGUUAGUGAGCAGUUCACGGCUAUGUUCAGGCGUAAGGCUUUCUUGCAUUGGUACACUGGAGAAGGAAUGGACGAAAUGGAGUUCACUGAGGCUGAGAGUAACAUGAACGAUCUUGUUGCGGAGUAUCAGCAGUACCAGGAUGCUACUGCCGAUGACGAAGAGUACGACGAGGAGGAGGAAGAAGAGGAAAUUCCAGCUUAAGACUCUUCCUUCAUUUAUCAAAAUUGUUUCAAAUAUCAAUGUGAUUGGCUUUGAACGAGUGGUGUAAGUUUUAAUUGUGAUGCAGUCAAAUUAGAUUGACUUCUUAAUGUGUAUGCUUAUUAUUGAUUGUUGACAUUGUAUAAACUGGGUUCUCUUGACAAUGUUUCUGUUUUUUGAGAGAUCAAGUCUUGGAUGUUUGUAAUAGUUAGUAACAUGUUUUUUCUCUCUUCA